ACGUGGGAUAGAGAACGUGAGGACGUCUCUGCGGGAUUCCCUCCGCCACUUAUGGGAAUGCGAUACGAGCUUUUCGUCGGAUGCUCUCUUGCGUUUUCGCAUUGUUACGCAACCGUCCUUCUCGCGUCCGCGUCACCCUCGUGCACUCUGACAAAGGGAAUCAAUGUCAAUGCGCGCUGCCGUGCCAUGUACACGCUCCGGAGAGGACAAGGAAACAAAAUUGUCUGUAUCAUACUCGAUCAGAUAUGCGAAGUAAAGUGACGGUAAGGAUAUCACGACGAAUGCGAAUCGGUGCAACUUAUUGUCCCAUCAGCAAGAUCGAACGAUCGCGGCUCUUUAGAACGAAUCAGGAGGGUUUCUUGAACGUCACAUUAUGGUGUCAACGACUUCAUCGUGGACCACAAACCGCUGGCAUCCGUGUAUCGAGAAUGAAUGGCGUCGCGACGGGUGGCAGGGAGGCGUAUACAACUCGAAUAAAAUAAUUUUCAGAAUUAGAAGAAAAUAAAAAGUAAAUUGAAGUUAGCAUUUUUAUAGGACGGGA